AUGCCAACGUGGCCACGGUAUUCAUAUGAUGGCUUGCCUACUGGGCCUGCGGCCGAUCGAAACAACACGGUGGUAGCAGCCGACAGUCAAGCUAACGUCAGAGUACAAUCGGACGCAUGCCACACCUUGGGAGUGGACAAUAUAUCGCCAAACAUUAAUUUGAAUGUCCUGAAGAAUAUUGGGUACCCAGUCAAGGCAUCGGAUGAACCCACUGAGAAGUAUGAAAAGAUUGGUCAAGUAGGAGAAGGAACAUAUGGCAAAGUCUACAAGGCGAGGAGCAAAGUGACAGGCGAGUUAGUGGCCCUCAAGCGGAUACGGAUGGAGUCAGAAAAAGAAGGUUUUCCAAUUACGGCCAUGCGUGAAAUCAAAUUACUGCAGAAGCUUCGGCAUAAGCGAAUUGUACAGCUAUCCGAGAUCAUGGUCUCCAAAGGCUCCGUGUAUAUGGUUUUAGAGUAUAUGGACCAUGAUCUGACAGGGGUUUUAGGACACCCCGAGUUCAGAUUUGAACCUGCUCAGGCAAAGUCUUUAAUCAAGCAAAUGUUGGAAGGCGUAGCGUUCCUGCAUCAUAUGGGUGUCUUGCACCGUGAUAUCAAAGGAUCAAAUCUUUUGUUGAAUAAGAAGGGCGAACUCAAGAUUGCCGACUUUGGUCUAGCACGAAUCUUUCAGAAGCGACGCACACACGACUAUACCAAUCGAGUCAUUACACUAUGGUACCGACCACCGGAACUACUCCUGGGAGCCACAGCUUACGGCCCAGCUGUCGAUAUGUGGAGUGUAGGAUGUAUCAUGCUUGAAUUUUUUACUGGCAAGCCAGUGUUUAACGGCAGUGAUGAGAUAUCACAACUUGAAAUCAUCUACAAAAUUAUGGGCACACCCGAUGAGACGAUUUGGCCAACGGUUGUUGAUCUACCGUGGUGGGAACUGAUGCGUCCGAAGCAGCCUCUGCCAGCCAAGUUUCGUGAACUCUUUGCCAGGUAUGUUGACUAUGAAGUUUUGCAACAAUGCUUUCUCAUGUCAGAUGGAGCGCUUGAGCUUUUAGAAGCGCUGCUUGCUCUUGAUCCAUCGAAACGGCCAUCCGCGUCUGAUGCCCUGAAAUUUCCAUACUUCGUGGCUGAAUCACUCGACACAGGUUCACCGGCAAACUUAUUAGAAAUUACUGGCGAUUGGCAUGAGUAUGAAUCGAAGCGAAAACGCAAGUCUGGCACUUCAUCUGCUUUGAAUGGAAACGGAGAUGUAAAAAAAGCAUCUGUGACCGAUAAAAGAUAA